GUUUAGCUUGAAGAACAUGCGCGACACCCCUAUUAGGUUCCGCGCCCGUUUGGUGCUUAUAAAACGUCUCAUCUACUCAUUUUGUUUUACUUUUACACUAAACUCGGCCGCCGACUAUCCAUAAAAGGAAUAUUUAAAAUGGCCACACAGAUGGGAUUCCUUUCUUAUGGAAUAAUUUUGACACUUACGGUCUUAACUGUGUUAUUGCCAAUAUUAACGACAGGAAACGUCAUAGACCAGAGAGUACUGCAAAGAGAACUUGGAGAAAACUCUCCUGAAAUAAUGUCAAUGAGUGACAAGGAUGUUUUCCGCGACAUUGAAGAACCAGCUAUCGAUGAUUUUACCAUAAAAACUAAGAGCGAAGACCAAAACCUCGAGAUUGCGCUGAUCGACUACCUGUUUGCCAAACAAAUGAUGAACAGAAUCCGCGCCCGGACGGAUUCGUUUCGCGCGCAGAAGAAGAGAAGUUAUUGGAAGCAAUGCGCUUUCAACGCGGUGUCGUGCUUCGGUUAAUUCUUGCGUGUCAGCGCAUUGGCCACAUAUAUAAUAUCACGUCAUUAUAUAUCAUUUACGGCAACAUAUUAGCCCUUAAAUUAAUAAUAAUAAACAAUGCUUUUUAAUAUUCAACUAUUUAUUUCGAUUCUAAUAACAUAUUAACUGUAGUUAUUUAUUGCCCGUAUACCUGUAGUGUUUAUUAAAAAAAACCUAUUAUUAAAUUAUUCUCGUGUUGCAAAAAUCAAAAAUAACAACAAUAAUAAUAAUAAUAAUUUUUAUUACGUAAUAUUCUAUUAUAAUAUAUAUACCUAACUACUACGCAAAUUACAUUUUCAUGAUUAAUAAUUUAUAAUAUUAUAAUAUAAUAUACGUUCGUUUAUAUUUCCUACAGUAUCAAUAUGUAUCAUAAUAUACAUUACCUAUGAUGUUGAUUUAAAAUAUACUGUGAAAUGGUUUGAAUAAAAUAAAG